AUGAGAAGGAUCACUGAGCGGAGGGGCUGGACCCUGUUUCCCUUCUUGACCUCUUUGUUCUGUCGGGCGCUUUCCGAGCACAUCAGCUACUCUAUUCCGGAAGAGAUGGUGAAAGGAUCGGUGGUGUGGAACCUCGCCAAGGACCUAGGGCUGAAGGUCCGGGACUUGUCGGCUCGGAAACUGCGGGUAAGUGCAAAGAGAGUCAGUGAAGAGAGCGGGGACUUACUGGUCAGUGACAGAAUAGACCGUGAGGAGAUCUGCGGGAGGAAGCCAGUGUGUGCCCUGGAAUUUGAAACGGUGGCUGAAAAUCCUUUGAACUUUUUCCGUAUAACUGUAGUGAUUGAGGAUAUUAACGACCAUCCUCCGCGAUUCAGUAGAAAUAUAAUUGACUUGGAAAUCAGUGAGUUAGCGCUGCCUGGGGUAACAUUUGCACUGGAAUCUCCUCGCGAUCCAGAUGUAGGUGUGAAUUCGCUACUUCAGUAUUUUCUAAGUCCAGAUUCCCAUUUCUCCUUACUGCCAAAGGAAAAUCCGGAUGGCAGUAAAUACGCAGAAUUAGUAUUGGAAAAACCACUGGACAGGGAAAAGCAGAGCUCCUGUCUCUUGGUCUUGACGGCUGUGGACAGCGGGGUCCCAGUUCGAAGUGGUACAGUAGAGAUCAGGAUCAACGUCACGGACGCCAACGAUAAUUGGCCGGUCUUCAGCCAGGAAGUCUACAGGGUCAGUCUGCGAGAGAACCUGCCCGCUGGGUUGUCUGUGCUUCAAGUGACUGCCACGGACCAGGACGAAGGGAACAACGCGGAAAUCACUUAUUCCCGCACAGUGGAGACAGUGAAACGCCUGUUCAGACUUGAUGCUAAAAGUGGAGAAAUAUCAACUCAAGCAAUACUCGAUUUUGAAAAGGCAGAAGGUUACACUAUUGUAAUAGAAGCAAAGGAUGGAGGAGGUCAUACUGAUCACUGUAAACUUCAAAUAGAAAUUCUAGAUGAGAAUGACAAUGCCCCUGAGGUGACCUUCGCCUCAGUAUCUAAUCAUAUACCUGAAAACUCUAUGCCUGCAACUGUUGUAGCCCUGAUCAAAACACUUGACCCAGAUUCAGGAGUAAAUGGUGACGUAUUUUGUCAUGUAAGAGAUAAUGUCCCAUUUAAAAUAUCCUCUUCCACCAACAACUUGUAUAAAUUAGUUACGGAUGGUGCCUUGGACCGUGAAGAGACCCCGGAGUAUAACAUUACUAUAAUCGCCACAGACAAGGGAAACCCAGCUCUAUCCACUAGCAAAAUUCUCACCUUGCUCAUUACAGAUGUUAAUGACAACCCCCCUGUUUUCCUCCAACCUUCCUAUGUAGUUUACGUCCUCGAAAACAACCCCUCCGGAGCUUCUAUCGCGAGUGUCUCAGCCACUGACCUGGAUCUGGAAGGAAACGGCAGAGUGUCCUAUUCCAUUGUCAGCAGUGACCUGGCCCCAUUGCCUCUGUCCUCCUACGUGUCGGUCAAUAGCCACAGCGGCAAUAUCUUCGCACAGCUCUCUUUCGACUAUGAGCAGGUCCGCACCUUCGAGUUAACUCUACAGGCCCAGGAUGCUGGCUCUCCCGCUCUCUACGCCAAUGUGACUGUGCGAGUGCUCUUCGUGGACAGCAAUGAUAACGCCCCAAAUGUCCUCUGUCCUGCUCUGGGGCCAGACAGAUCGGCCCUCUUCGACAUGAUCCCUCGCUCAGCUGAGCAAGGCUAUCUGGUCACCAAGGUAGUGGCCAUGGACGCAGAUUCCGGACACAACGCCUGGCUGGCCUAUCGCGUGCUGCAAGCCACAGAUCCUGGGCUCUUCAGGCUGGGGCUGCGCACAGGAGAGGUUAGGAGUGCGAGGGCUUUAACUGACCAAGACGCUGCCCGGCACCGCCUUCUGGUCUCUGUGCAGGACGGAGGUCAGCCCCCUCUGUUGGCCACUGUGGCUCUGCACCUGGUCUUUGCAGACAACCUACAAGAGGCGCUGCCGGAGACGAGGGAGGAGCGCCCGGCUGCCUCAGAUCAGUCUGAGCUACAGUUUUACCUGGUAGUAGCUUUAGCUCUCUUCUCCGUGCUGUUCCUCACCGUGGUAACGCUAGCCAUUGCCAUUAGCUUAAGAAGGUCAUCAAAUCCUCCAAUACUGAGCUGUUUUCAAGUGGAUCUUUGUUCUAAGACUGAUCCCAACGUCCCCACAAACUACAGUGAGGGGACUUUGCCGUAUUCUUAUAAUCUAUGUGCUGCUUCGGAAGUUGGAAAAGUGGAAUAUAAUUUUCUUAAACUGACCAGAGAAAUGGCUCCCCUGCAAGAUUUACUCUCUAAUGAUCCCUCCAUGGUCUUAAGUAUCAGUGAUGAAAAGAAAUAG